GCCUGUGAGCAGGUGCAAGAUGGCGGAAGGCGGUGGCCCCGAUCCGGGGGAACAGGAGAGGUCUUCUGGGCCGCGGCCCCCGAGCGCGCGGGAUCUGCAGUUGGCCUUGGCGGAAUUAUAUGAAGAUGAAGUGAAAUGCAAAUCUUCCAAAUCUGAUAGACCUAAUGCUGCAGUCUUUAAAAGCCCACGAACACCACCUCAGAGGUUCUAUUCAAGUGAACGUGAAUACAGUGGAUUACAUAUAGUUCAACCUUCAACUGGGAAGAUUGUGAGUGAACUUUUCAAAGAGGCAAGAGAACAUGGGGCUGUCCCUCUGAAUGAAGCCACAAGAGCUUCAGGUGAUAACAAAUCUAAGUCAUUUACAGGUGGAGGAUAUAGAUUGGGCAAUUCCUUUUGUAAGCGGUCUGAAUACAUCUAUGGAGAAAACCAACUGCAAGAUGUUCAGAUUUUGCUUAAACUGUGGAGCAAUGGUUUCAGUUUAGAUGAUGGAGAACUGAGACCUUAUCACGACCCACCAAAUGCUCAAUUUCUGGAGUCUGUUAAAAAAGGAGAGAUUCCCCUGGAGCUUCAGCGGCUGGUUCACGGUGGCCACGUGAAUUUGGAUAUGGAGGACCGUCGGGAUCAAGAAUACAUAAAACCUAGACUGAGGUUUAAGGCUUUCAGUGGAGAAGGACAAAAACUUGGAAGCCUUACACCUGAAAUAGUCAGUACCCCUUCGUCCCCUGAAGAGGAGGAUAAGUCCAUACUUAACGCCGUUGUUCUCAUUGAUGAUUCAGUGCCAACGACAAAAAUUCAGAUCAGAUUAGCAGAUGGGAGUCGUUUGAUACAAAGAUUCAAUAGUACACACAGCGGCGCCCCAUUUCCAGGUGUCUGGGAAAGCACUAUGCCUACUCACUGCCACGUGACGUGAAUGCGCCAAUAGGAGACUUGGGAUCCACCUGCCUCGGGUGCUCUGGUCGUUUUCGAGGAGGUGAACUGACCCCUGGCAGAGGGCUUCCCCCUGGCAGGGCUGGCAGAAGUUCCACGGAUGGAAGUGUUAUCUCACCUCCACAGAGAAGCUUGUUCUCAGUGUCACGAGGCACAGUGACGUCAUUCCUGAGUCUUCUCAGAGCAAAGGAAGCCAUGCUCCUCUCCACUGACUGAUAACCGCUUUGGAGAAUCUGUGAACAGAUGGCAGGCUAAAACGCUUACCAGGAAUGAGCUAUGGUGUCACAGGAGCAAAAUCAUCUUCCUUCGGAAGUCAUCUGUUGGAACAAAUGGACAUUUUAUAUUAAAGGGCAUUGCCAUAUUUUGGAUUCACAAAACCCUGUAAAAUUGUUUGAAAUGUUAUUCCUGCAGUUCCUUUUUAUCGCGUAGGUCGCGUGCCUGUAGACGCACACACAAAAGCCACUGCCAUCUUUAUAUAUGAUAGUCUUCGACAAUGUAGAAGUUAGGAGGGAGAAUUGGGCAUUCAGAACAACACUUUCAUAUAUACUACAUGGCGUUUUGCUUCCUUAGAGUCAUUUCCCCGAAUUCUUUUUACUACUGGAGUCACUGUAACCUGUAGGAUUUAUCAUCACCCCCCAAAAAGAUGACAUUACAUCGAGCUGUUAGACAACCGCGUGUGAGGGCAGUUGGUUUGCAUGACAUAUGUAAUCAAAGAGUUUAAGUGUCUGCUUUACCAAUAAAGAAUGUUUUCACUGAAAGUCAUUGAAAAUCCUUUUCAAAAUCUCCUUGAUUUGCAGGUUUAUUUGAGUGACGUAGAUUAAAGCAUGAAUAGCCUUGCCUGUGCUUUAAUUUCCUGUAGUGUAUCUUCUUGAUUGACAGAGAAGAACUGAAUUGUAGCUACGGUAUCUCAAUUUCCCAUUACCGUUUUUGUUUUUAUUCCAUCAAAAUAAAGGUGCGAAAUUUUCUGUA